AUUUUAGUAAAUUCCGGAAUAUCCCUGAAUUGCAUGAGAAAUGAAUCCAGCAACUGCUACAGCCUCUUAUUAUUUACCAUAUUUAGAAAGGGGAAUGAUAAUGUCUGACUGAAUCUGCUUAAAUUUCCAUGGGCGUGAAGAUUUCUUGAAAAUAGAACAAAAUCUUAAUUUUGUCUCCGCCAUAUUUGGGAAUAUUUUUCGGAUCUUGAGUUUUUAGCAGGAUAUGAAGGAAGUUAUGCCCCAAACUAGAAAGAGAAUCGGCCAAAAGCUUUGAUCUUUCAUAGCACAAGAAAUGGAAUAACCCCUUCUGAUGAGUAUGUGUUCCAGAAAGUAGCUUCCAAGGCCUUUGUGAUGGAAUAACCCUCCCAAUUCGCUUCUUCUGCGACGACAUACCCAGGGAGGAAAUGCUAAUCUGGAGAACAAUGGCUUAGCUUUUGUUUUUCUACUAAAUCUUGAAGCCCAUUUCACUGAUCUUGCUGAAGCUGAAAGAAUGGAAAAGCAGGGCAAAAUUUUGAUGCAGAAAUAUGAGCUUGGCCGUUUGCUAGGCCAAGGCACAUUCGCGAAGGUGUACCAUGCAAGGAACCUGAAAACUGGGCAACCUGUUGCCAUGAAGGUCAUCGAUAAAGAGAAGAUUAUCAAAGUUGGCAUGAACGAUCAAAUCAAGCGAGAAAUCUCUGUGAUGGGCAUGGUGAAGCAUCCCAACAUUGUGCAGCUUUACGAGGUGCUGGCAAGCAAGACCAAGAUUUAUUUCGCCAUGGAGUACGUGAAAGGUGGAGAGCUUCUGGCCAAAGUUCUCAAAGGGAAACUGAAGGAAGACUUAGCCAGAAAGUACUUUCAGCAGCUGAUUGGGGCCGUGGAUUUCUGCCAUAGCAGAGGAGUGUAUCACCGUGACCUGAAACUAGAGAAUCUUCUGCUGGACGAAAAUGGGGACAUUAAAGUUUCAGACUUUGGACUCAGUGCGUUGUGGGAAUCCAGAAAGACUGAUGGACUUCUACACACCAUGUGUGGGACUCCAGCUUAUGUAGCCCCUGAAGUGAUCAAUAAGAAAGGCUAUGAUGGUGCCAAGGCAGAUAUUUGGUCCUGCGGGGUCAUUCUUUUUGUUCUUCUUGCUGGGUUUCUUCCUUUCCAAGACAAGAAUUUAAUCUCAAUGUACAUGAAGAUUAGCAGAGCAGAGUUUACGUGUCCACUAUGGUUCUCGCCUGAGGCCAGAAAGCUUCUCUCCAGAAUCCUUGAUCCAAACCCAAGAACAAGAUUGUCUAUCUCCAGUAUAAAGAAAACACCAUGGCUCAGAAAGGAAUAUAACCAGAUCGAAGCACCUCGGUUACUAUUAUCUCCUUUUAGCGGCUGCCAAGUUGAAUCUGCCUUUGAUUCAUCAACUUUAGAUGAUGGCUUAGUGCCCAAAAACGAAGCAGAAAGAUCCAUGAAACCACCUAGUUUCAAUGCAUUUGACAUCAUAUCUCUGUCUUCAGGAUUUGACCUUUCUCCUCUGUUUGAGAAAAACAAUAUUUCAACACACAAGGAUAGAUUCACCACCACAAGAGAAGCCUCCACGAUUGUGUCAAAACUGGAGGAGAUAGCUCAGGUGGAUAGCAAAUUCAAGGUCUUGAAGAAGAAUGGUACAGUGACAUUACAGGGUAGCAAGGUAGGGAGAAAGGGACAACUUGGGAUAGAUGCAGAGAUUUUUGAAGUUACAUCUUCGUUUCACAUUGUGGAGGUGAAGAAAACAGCAGGAGACACAUUGGAAUAUAUACAAUUCAGAGACCAAAACUUAAAACCUUCUCUCAAGGAUAUAGGGUGGGAAUGGCGAGGAAGCGAGCAUGAUGGAUAGUGUUUAUCUAAAUGAUUGCCUUUCAAGUUUCCGCAAAGUUGUUUAAGUCAACCAGCAUCUCCUAGUUUGAAUAGUGAAGAUAAAUCUCUGCAACAAGGAACAGAGGAUUGAUAAAAAUCUACUGUCAUCAUACUCUUUUUGGUCAAAGAAUUUGGUUUGAUCAAUUUUACCAGGAGAUUUUUGCAGCUUUUCUUUGAUUUGAAGUAAUACGGAACACACUGUAUAGGUGAUCAAUGCUUCAGCUUUCAGCUUUGCUAAGUUUGUAAGUUUUGACUAAAGGGGUUUAGGUCCAAUGAAAGGGCUACUUUCUUAUA